GCAUUCAAAAAAAAAAAGAAGUGAAGAGUGAAGAAGAAGAAGAUAUAUUUUCAUAAUUUAUAUUUUAAUUUGUAUAAAGGUGCUUUGGCAACAUUUUAAAGUUUUUUUUUUAUAAACAAACUGCUUAUUGAAUUUGGAUAAAUACAUAAAUGAAGUACCAGUAAAAAAAUCAGAAUGUCAUUCCGAGGUGGCGGUAACAGAUUCUCUGGCGGCGGUCGUGGUGGAGGCGGAGGUUUUAGAGGAGGCGGUGGAGGCUUCCGAGGAGGCGGUGGAGGCUUCAGAGGUGGCGGCGGUCGGAAUUUCGAUCAAGGCCCUCCAGAGGCAGUAAUACCAUUAGGUUAUUUCGAGAAGGCUGUUCAAGACGACUUAGUGUGUAAGGUUGAAAUAGAAGAUGUACCAUACUUUAACGCCCCAAUUUACUUAGAAAAUAAGCAACAAAUUGGAAAAAUCGACGAGAUUUUCGGGAAUAUCAGGGAUUAUUGGGUCAGCAUAAGGCUGGGAGAUGAUAUGAAGGCCAGUAGUUUUCACGAAAAUCAAAAGUUAUUCAUAGACCCAGCGAAACUGCUCCCGCUCCAGAGAGUCUUACCGUCCGCUCCCGGUGCUAAAAAACGAGGCGGUUUCGGCGGUAGAGGAGGCCGUGGCGGCGGUGGAGGCAGAGGGGGCCGUGGAGGCGGCGGUCGCGGAGGAAGAGGCGGUUUCGGAGGCGGAGAUAGAAGGGGUGGCGGUCGAGGCGGCAGAGGAGGUUUCGGUGGCGGCCGAGGUGGCGGCGGCGGUGGUUUUAAUAGAAACAGCGGCGGCGGGGGCGGUUUUAAUAGAAAUUCAGGAGGCGGUUUUGGAGGAAGAGGUGGUGGUGGUGGCGGCGGUAAUCGAUGGUAGAAUUGUAGAUUUUAUAUAUUGUGUACAAAAACUGGAUUAAACAAGUUAAAAACAAGUUUUUUUAGGUAUUCAUUACUCUAUUAUAUUUUUAUAAUAAAAACUAGUUAUAAAUGGAUACUUUUUUAAAUUUAGAAUGUAUUCGUUGAUUGAGUUUGAUGUUUAUUUGUAAUAUAAAUUAUACAUUAUAAUUUUUUUAUGUUUUAAAUGGACCACUAAUUUUAACGUUUUGAAUAAAAAUAUUUGUCAAGAC